AUGUCCAUGUACUCCUGGAGCAGCAGCACCUCCUGCUGGUGCCUCAUCAGCUGCAUCCCGGUGUGGGCCUCCCCGGCUCUCCAGACGCUAGACCGUCCGGCCUCAACCCUGGAGGCUGCCAACUGCCCAGGCCGGGGGCCGGUGGAGGGGGGUUGCUGCGGGGGUUGCCCCCACCCUCCCCACGGCGCCCCAGUGCCACAGGUCACCAUGCCCACCAUAGGCUGCGUGGAGGUGUGCCACGAGAGGGGGGAUGGAUGCUUGCAUGACAGUGGGAUGGAACUGGUGGGCACUCUGGACAUGACCAUGGAGGACAUUCCACUGGACACCAAAUCAGACAACAGACUUCCCAUCCAGAUCUUCCCGGACCCUGUGGAGGUUGUCCUGGGCCCCGAGGGCACGUUGGCCUGCGUGGACCACAGUGGCAAGGAGCGUCUGCCCUCCAUCGUGGUGGAUCCCACGGACGUCAGCGAGGUGGAGAGCGGCGAGCUGCGCUGGCCCCCAGAGGACAUGGAUUUGGAUGACGACGAGGAGGACCUGUUCCUGGAGCAGUGCAUCCCGCCCGCCAACAUCGCCGACUGGGGCGUGGACGAGGACGAGGAGGUGGACCAGGAGGUGGCGGCCGUCAACGUCCUAGUCAACCACCACCACCACCACCAGCAGCAGCAGCUGCAGCACACCUCACUCUUAGAUCUUCAGCCAGAUGAUUUUAGAGAUGAGACACCAACUUUACCCCCCGAGAGUGCCCCAUCCAGAAACUGA